UUCGAAGGUCAAAGUAUAGUACAUCACAAGGAUAGUCAGGUCAGGUGUGCCCAUAAGUGAGAACAUCGCGUGAGUUUCUGGGGACAAAGUAGCAUCGACUAGAAUAUUUGUAUAUUUUGAAAUUUCAUUAACUAUAAACCUGAAGUUCUCUUAUCCAGUAAUGAAGGUGAAAAUCGUAGCUGCAAGCAGUGGGAAGGAAAUUGAUGUCGUAGAAAUUAACGAAUCAACAUUUACAGUUGGGAACCUCAAACAACAUUUGUAUAAAAAAUAUUCAAAGUUCUAUCCAAGUCGACAAUCAUUUAGAUUGGAGCCAAGAGGAAAGGCUAUGAAAGAUGAUGUGUCCAUUGCUGAUGUCAACUUCUCUGAAGAAAAUACUUUGUACUUCAAAGAUUUAGGUCCACAAAUAGGAUGGUCUACCGUGUUUCUUACUGAAUAUGCUGGCCCACUCUUUGUUUAUCUGCUGUUUGUUCCCAGACCUGCAUUGAUAUAUGGUGCUGAAGCAUCUUUGAAACAAAGAGCACCUGUUGUAUGGAUUGCUGCGGCUUGCUGGUCUUUCCAUUAUAUGAAGAGAAUACUGGAAACAUUGUUUGUGCACAGAUUUUCUAAAGGAACGAUGCCCAUUCAAAAUUUAUUCAAGAAUUCUACGUAUUAUUGGGGAUUUGCCGCCUUUAUCAGUUAUUUCAUUAAUCAUCCAUUAUACACACCCCCAGCAUUUGGCGACAUUCAAGUGUAUGUUGGAUUAGGUGGUUUUCUGGUUUCUGAGUACGGAAACUUUGCUUCUCAUUGUCUUUUGAGAGAUUUACGUCCUCUAGGCUCUACUGAAAGAAGAAUUCCUUAUCCAUCAUCUAAUCCCAUGACAUCAUUGUUUGAUUUUGUUUCCUGUCCAAACUAUACUUACGAGGUGGCUGCGUGGAUAUUUUUCACAGUUAUGACUCAAACGUUUCCUGCUGGACUGUUUACCGUUGCUGGGUUUCUUCAAAUGUUGCAAUGGGCCCAAGGAAAACACAGGAAUUAUCGAAAAGAGUUCAAAGAUUAUCCAAAAUCUCGAAAGUGCAUGAUUCCAUUAUUGCUGUAGGAUUAGAAUUUUCUAGAUUAUGCGAUAGGCGAGAAACGUGAACGAUCUUCUACAAUAAAACAUCAUUACCUUGCAAAUUCACUUUAUAUUUAUCAAUUAACGCUGUCUAAACAACAUUAAUUAUAUCCUAACGACCAUAUCUAUGUAAUCCAUAAAAUCAUGCAUACUUUAAAAUUUA